GUUUAAUCGUAUUUGGUUUAAUCGAUUACUUUGUAAUGCUUGCAUCGCCGAGCAAGAGAAAACAUCUUGCGAUAAUCUGUAAAGUUACAGCUUGACAACUAGCCAUACGCUAGCGCAGAGCUAUGCACGUGUUACCAUUAAAGAUGUUAACUAAAAAGUGAUAUACCAUUACUGACAGAACAUGUGGUGACAACGGAUAACGUUUUCAGGAAUAAAAUUGUGUACGCUGUCCUCAGAAAAGUGCGAUGUAUGAAGGCAGCAGCGAUGCACAAGCUAAGCAAAUGUACGUGUGGUUAUGCCUCUUUCUGGCGUGCUCUGCUGCAGUUAAAGGCGAAGACGUUAAGGCCUCCUUGUUAAAGCUCGGUAUGAAGUUCGACCCCGCGCCCCCCGGGGUCAACCCUUACCUGCAGAAGUUUCUGGACGUCCACUCGCGGCCUAAGGUGACCUUCGCCGGCGCUGCCGACUCCAACACGUUCAACCUGAAGAUGACAGAGACGUUCGACUUCAAGCCUCCGAUCCGGAAGUCUCCGUUCUCCUCCACGGGAGAACCCUGGCCCAUGCCCUAUAGUUACCAUAGCAACAAAGAGAAAGUACUGCGCCUCCUGCCGGAGAAGUUUUCUGUAAAGGUCACUGGUCACACGUGCAAUAUACUUGAGAAGGCGGUAGAGCGGUACAAUAAAAUCAUUGCUCGUCACAUCAUAGAGGAGCAGUAUAAUUUUAUAUAUAAUUUCGACGAACGGACAAGGGAACUUCAUGAAAGGGCGGUAAAUGUCAAGUAUGAGCACGUGACUGAUAUGUCGCCUUUGCAGGUGCACGUGAACAGUGACGAGUGCGGAUAUCCUCACGUGAACAUGAACGAGUCCUACAUUUUGGUGGUGAACGGUUCCGAGUGCAAGCUAGAGGCAGGCGAGGUUUGGGGAGCGCUAAGAGGGCUCGAGACGUUCAGUCAGAUUCUCUUCCGGAAAACCAACACCGACCAGAUCUAUUGCAAGGAGACGGAAAUAUACGACCAGCCUCGAUUUGCACACCGGGGCAUUCUCAUAGAUACCUCCAGGCAUUUCAUAGAGAAAUACGUCAUCAAGAACGUGUUGGACGGUAUGGCGUACAGCAAGCUGAACGUGUUACACUGGCACAUCGUGGACGACAACUCAUUCCCCUACCAGAGCCAGGUCUAUCCGAAACUCAGCGAACAGGGUGCGUACCAUCAAACGCUUGUUUAUUCACUGGAUGAUAUCCGGGAGCUGGUUGAGUACGCCAGGCUGCGGGGCAUAAGGGUGGUGCCGGAGUUUGAUACCCCAGGUCAUACGUUUGCAUGGUUCGGCUACCCGGAAUUGAAAAGCACGUGCUAUCAGAGAAACGGUCAACCCGUGCAGGGCCCCAUUGGCCCUAUAGACCCCACCAACAACGUGACCUACUCGUUCAUGUCGAACCUGUUCGCGGAAAUCUAUGACGUAUUUCCGGACGAGUUUGUGCACCUCGGCGGAGAUGAACUUCACACGGACUGCUGGGCCACCAAUCCCUCCAUCGUCCAUUACCUUCAAGAGCACGCUAACAUUCCGGCGUUCGAGGCACGAACCAACGCUCAGCUGUACGUGAACAAGGCCAUAGGGUACUAUUUCAGCAGGUUAAUAAAAACCCUAGAAGCAACUGCAGCGGAAAAGACAACUACUCGGCACUUUCUGAUGUGGGAAGACGUGCUGAAGAAUACAAAAGAGGUGCCAGCGGGUUCGAUCCUGCAAGUGUGGUCUGGCCGCCAGACAAAUGUGUUGAAUCUGAACCAGCAGGGGUAUCGAGCCCUGUACUCCUCGUGUUGGUACCUGGACAACCACCGCCCUUACCCCAUGUGGCAGGAGUACUACCAGUGCGAACCAUCCCCAUAUACAAAUGACGCUGACGAGAAAGACAAGCUCCUGGGUGGGGAGGCGUGUCUGUGGGCGGAGUUUAUCACCAGUGACACACUCAUGACGACUAUGUGGCCCAAUGCGUUCGCCCCUGCCGAGCGUCUGUGGAGCCCUAGGAACGUGCGAGACUUUGAGCUGGCCAAAGAAAGAAUUCAAGAGCAACGCUGCCGCUUUAUCUACCGGGGUUUGCCGACAGGCCACAUUUCUGGACCGGAUUACUGUCUCCAGUACAAGGAAGGUCCUCUAGGAGGCCCCGAUGGUAUCAACGAGGACGACUCUGCAACUGGCGUCUAUAAAGAGCCUAACGUUGUGAUUGUCAGGGGACAGGCGGACGACCGCGACACGGGCUUUGCAUUUAAUGAAUCGCCAAGCGGAAAAACUGACAUAUCGCUGAAUAUUAUAUCUGAUUUUAGUGCUUACCUGCCAAUGGCCAACAUGGGACUUACUCUCUCUGGAGUUGGACUGGUGGUUCUCGUUACCAGAAACUUCUACCGGCGACGAAGAAUGUGCUAGCAGAUCCAUCCACGAGCAUUAUAUUACCCGCGUCGUGCGAAAAUGGGUCUAAUACGAUACUCGCACAGAGUAGCUUCAGUUCAGCCUGCGCAUCAGUCUGGCCAGACGCUACCAUGUCCGCUAUAAAGUCACGCCAUGUCUUAUGGCCUGAUCAGCGGACAAAGUAGUUUCUGACCCAACUCUGCGAUUUCGCAGGCUGAGCUUAAGCUACGCUGGUCGUUACAUAAUACCAUUUUUCGCUAUACGUAGCUUAUAUAUGAUUAAGUUUAGGAUACUAGUACGGAAAAUCCAUAAUGAGAAAUGAGUGCUAAUUUUUUUUAAUGAUUAAUUAAUUUUGCGUAAAGAAUUCGUCCCUAAAAACUGCAUUUCUUCUACAUCUCUGUAGAAAUAUCUAAUUAUAUAGUGUUGGAAACAUUAAGAUCGCAUUCUUCACACGUACAAUACAUUCUAUGUGAAGUAAGUGGUCGAUUAUUGACAUAUGUGAGUUUAGUACUUGAUUCCAGUUUCUGAUUUCAAAACUAUCAUAUAUUUAUUUGUGAUCUCCAUCCACACCUCAUUUUCUUGACCAGUCUUGACCAGUGUAUUCUGCAUACUUAUGCGACAUAAAGAUUGAGACGUGUCGUGGGAAUGUGGGUCUAAAAACAAAACGGCCAAUGUAGCUUCAGAUCAGCCUUUGCAUUUGGGCAGUCUAGCCAGAAUCUAACAUUUGCAUUUGGGCAGUCUAGCCAGAAUCUACCAUGUCCGCUUUAAAGUCAUGAAACAUUUAGUGGUUUCAUUUGAGGACAUUAUGACUUCAUCAGAGUGUGCGGAUCCAUAGGUACACCUUGAUAAAGACCGCUCUAUGUUUACCUACCUAGAUAAACAACGCUUUAUGUAUACAUAAGAUAAACACCGCUUUAGGUAUACCUAGAUAAACACCGCUCUAUGUAUACCUAUACAAACAUCGUUCUAGGUAUACCUAGAUAAACACCGCUUUAUGUAUACAUAGAUAAACACCGCUUUAUGUAUACACCUAGAUAAACACCUCUCUAGGAAAACCUAGAAAAACACCGCUUUAGGUAUACCUAAAUAAACACCGCUCUAUGUAUACCAGAUAAACAACGCUUUAUGUAUACCUAUGUAAACAACGCUCGGAUAUGUUUUAAGACCCAUUUUCUCAAGACGCUGAUUAAUUAUGCAAUCGUGUUUUUCACUGCAUUAAAUUAUUCUCUGCAAAUGCCUGUGAUAAUCGUGUGAGAAGUCGCAUUUAAGUUUUGGCGCCUGGCCAACACAGAUUAGGUCUGGACUCGCAAAAAAGGCACACGCUAUCACAUGCUUGAUUUCAAUGUUGAUAUUUGUUGUUAACUUUGCCUGUGCUGAACAGUAAAAACAAGUCAUGUGUGUUCAUUUGUGGAUGUACAUGGGCAUAUAUUGUAUUACAGUAUAUUAAUUUCGGUUUAGUAAUAAUUCAAUUCAUUAAUUACUAUAAGUAACGAAAUAUCCAUUUAACUGUAUCGCCACGAUUUAACGUUCGUACUAAGUACUUGUAGCAUGGUUGUUCUGUGGUGUUUCCUUUAAGCAAGUAAGAAACUAUAAGUAUGUUUCAAAUCAAGCAUAUUCUUAUAAAGCAUGUUUUCAUAGACUGCAUAGUACAUUUUUGCUGUUGCUAUAUGUUAUGCUUUGGGUAGGGCUGUAAGCAAUCACAUGUGUUUUAUUUAAAUAUAAUGUAAAACAUGAAUCUAGACAUACGAUGUGGUCUCAACCGAAAUGCAAUUAUAAAAUAAUUCCACAUUUUAUAGCUGAUCAAUAAUCGUCUCAUUGCAUGAAAGCAUGCUUACUCAGUAAGUGCUUAUUUGUUUAAAUCUGAACAUAUAUUAACUGCUCAAGUUAAGUUUAUUUAGAAUAUGUAAAGGAUCCAGUUUAUAUGCUGGCAUAGAUCACACGAGUUAUAUCUUGGUGAUAAUUAGAACUUACUUACAUCUGUAUUUAUGUACCGAGUAGUGUUGGCAUACAGUCAUAUCAGUAUCCACUGCUUUAUAUUAUAUCAAUGAAAAUCAUUCCAGACCUUUUACAUAUAUGAGACAUACUGCUGCGAAAAAUAAUGAUUGUUAAUUAAUUGAAUGUUGUUUAAGUUUACAUUGUUUGUAAAUGUGAACAGGCAUUCAAUCUGGGCCGUUGAAUAUUGUAUGGUGCAAGGAUUUUAUGGACUUUUAUAGUUAUCUCAAUGAGACGUUGUAAAUUUAAAAAUAAAUUGUAGUUAAUGCUAUUUGAAGCAUUUUUUUGUUUAUUUAAUAUUUAUUUGUUAUAAAUCUAGUCUUUAAUACUUUUUGUUAUUUGUUUUAUAAUAAUAUUAUUAUUUUAUGUUUGAUAGGCUUAAUUUUAUGUAUAAUAUAUUUAUAAUGUAUGGUGUAUAUUUGCCCAAGGCGGCGUUGUUUGUUAACAUACAUGUAUUUAUAGAAUCGAUUAUGAAUGGAUCAAAUUGUAUUAAAAUGUGUGUAAUUUCAAUCAGAUAGGGCAAUUGCGUUGUUUGUUUACCUACAUGUAUUUAUACAAUAUUGCAAAUGGAUCGAAUACGAAUUGUAUUAAUUUAUCGGGGUGCAUUUUUUUCAGCACCAUAUAGAUCUUCAUCUAUGUAUAUAUUAUUUAUAGUUGAAAUUUUAUUGUCACCGUGGCUAUUCUUGACAAUUGUUAACAUUGAACGUUUUCUGUUUUUAAUCGAUGAGUGUAUUAUUAUGAGAAACGUACGCAAUUGUAAGCUGUAAACAAUGUUAUUUGUUUUUAUUAUGCAACUUAUUGGUUAUUAAAUUACCUCGGCUCAUCUACUAGUUUUACUUGUACUUCUUGUUUUGAGCAUACUGAGGUAUAUUCAAGCAAAUCAGUGAUUGACAAUAUUAAGCAACUGUUUACGCAGCUGUGAUUCCGUUGAUUGAGUAUUUCCCGGUAAACCACUGUAUUAAUAUUUAAACGAGAUAUAGAUAGUGUAAGGAAAGUUUCCUUGCUUGACAUUUGUAUCAGUCCCGGAAACAGGUGACAUUGUGAAAAUGUAAACAUUAAAAACAUUCAUAACACAUCGACAGAAAAUACCUGGAAAGCCUACGGAGGAAGCCAGCUGAAUCCGCCAGAAAUCAGCAUAAUAUAUCCUUUGUUUAGCAAAUAUUGCUAUUUUUUAGUCUGUCACCGUGUUUUGUCAAACACUUAACUCCGUUAGUUUGAUUGUCAAUUUCAUGUCGCUUAGGUUAUACUGCACACUUCAACUUUAAAUAGUUGCCGGAGUUAAUUUUUUGAAUGUAAUUAUAUUCAUCCCCUUAAUGGUUCAUAACUUUAAAUGUUUACUUUUUUAAUCAGUAAAAGAUAUUGUUAGUCAGCGUCUUUGAAAGUGACCGCCAUGUAAAGUUCAGGCGCGAACUAUUUUUCGUCUGUAAGCUAUGUCUCGGCGUCUGAUCAGUAUUAACAUUAUUGUUUUCAUAAUUUAACAGUAAUCCUUUGAGAGUAUUUGGAUGUUUCGCCGAGAUACAGCCUAGUCAUUUGUUGCAUUACAGAAAUGUUAAUAUUUAUAUGAACAGUUGUUAUUUCUCAGGGGGCGAAGUUUCUACUGGCUCACCUAUUUAUACGACUUACCAUUUGUUAAGUUCGGCGAUUGUUUGUUUCAAAUAUCUAUGUUCAGCUGAUUAUUUGUAAAUACUGCUUUUCUUUAAAGCUGUUAAUUUGACCAAAGAGCUUUAUAUGAUGUGUUGAGUUUAGAUUGUUAUAUUAUUUAAGGAAUGGACCUGAGAACACUUUGUUGUAAAAUCCGAGGAUUUCAUUGGUUCAUUUUGUCACAUGGUAACUGAGUCGGAAUCUAUAAAUACGGGAUCAGAACUCAUUCUCAGCAUCUUCAGUCUGGAGUUCACAUCUUAAGACAACGCAACAACCACGGUAUAUUCAUUACAUACACUUAUUACAUAAUAUAAACGGGAUGGUCACUAAAAUGUUCAGACAAAUGA